AUGUUAAUUUUGUUUAAGAGAAAACAUGAAAAUCGAAAUCCAUUGGUGGAAAAUGGGGUUUCCAAAAAAUCAUUUGUCUCUUGUUUCUGGAAAGAUUUUAUAUACUAUAUAACCUUUUUGUCUUUUAAACAUAACAAUAGAGACUUUGAUAAAAUAAAAAACUUGGCUUCUUCUUAUAAGAUGAAUGAAUCAAAGACUGAAGAAAUCGAUGGUGAUUGUUUGUUGGAACAAAUCAACUCGAUGAUUGAUGAUAGUCAAACAAUAAAUUACAGAUGGCUUUCAAAUAAAUUCAAUAUAAAUCCAAAUAUCUCUAAAGAGUAUGUUUUCAAUAUUAGUAUACCUAAAGACAGUGCUGUAUUAUCUUAUAAUUUAGUACCAUUAAAAGAUUUAGAAGAAUCAAAAGAAAAGUUUUUAUCGAUAAACUCGAUUCAUGUUUAUAGUUUAUCAAAGGAUACAACACCAACAGACCCUACCAAUGCUGUCACAUUGUAUAUUAAUGAUAUAAAGGAAAAGUAUCAAAAUAUGAGACCUUUGGGUGAAGAGUAUUUCGAUUUUAAACCACCAAUCGUUUCCGAUAGUUUUAAAAAGAGAGAGUUGCACAGAGCUUUACCGAUUUCAGUUCAUCCUACACCAUUUAAAGCAGAUAAAAAGGUUACUGUUCAAUCAUCUACAACUAGUACAGCAACUACGACUACAGCGAAACCAGUAGCUCCUACAUCAAAACCAGCAACUACAACUCCAGUCAAGUCUGCAUUUACAGACUUUUUCACCAAGGCACCAGCUGGUGGUGAUAAUAACCCAUUUGCAAAGUAUGAUCAAAUGAGAAAUGAAGAGAAGGCUGCUCAAGCUACAAAGGCUGCUAUUCAACCUGUUGUCAACGUUGCUGACUCUAUCUCAAAGAAGAGUGCAACCACCAAGUCUACUACCAACAGUACUACAACUACCACUAAUACAACCAACACUACAACCUUAGCAGCAAAGAAGAAAUCUGAUCAAUCUGCACCCAAACCGGCACCAAAAUCUAAAGCCAAAGCCAAGGCCAAAUCGGAUUCUUCAGAUGAUGAUGAUGACAGUGACGAUCCAUUUGGAGAUGACAGUGAAAGUAGUGAAGAGGAGAUGCCAUCCUAUAGCAGAAUCAUGAAGAACAGAAAGACUAUCGAUGACAGUGAUGAGGAAUCAAAUCUGAGUGGAAAUAAGAGAACACUCCUGGAAAUUGAAUCGGGUGGUAGUGAGGAUGAGAAGGAAAUGAAGAGAAAAGCUGCUAUAGAAGCCGCCGAGAUUGAAAAGAAGAAGAAAGAAAAGGAGGAGAAAGAAAAAAUAGAGAAGGAGAAGAAGCUCAAGGAAGAAAAAGAAAAGAAAGAAAGAGAGGCAAAAGAGAAGAAAGAGAAGGAGAAGAAAGAGAAAGAAAAGAGAGAGAAAGAAGAGAAAGAAAAGAAAGACAAAGAGUUGAAAGAGAAGGAAGCACAGCUACAAAAGGAGAAAGAGGAAAAAGAGAAGGCAAAGAAACUAGAAGAGGAAAAGAAGGAAAAAGAAAAAGAGAUAGAGAAAGAGAAAGCAAAGCAAAAGGCAAAGUCAAAAUCAAAGAAAGAAGAGAAGGAGGAAGAAGAAGAAGAAGAAGAGGAACAACAGGAUGAAGAAGAGGAUGAAGAACCAAAGAAGACUUUGAAGAAACAAAAAACAAGUGCUACUUCUAAAUCAAACAGUAAGGUGGAGAGUGAGUCAAAAGAUAAAAAGACUAAAUCAACUAAGAAAUCACCAAAGAAGUCUGCAGCAAAAGCAGACGAUGAUUCUGAUGCCGAUAAAGAUGAUGAGAAAUCAAAAACAACCAAGAAAUCACCAAAGAGCAAAACAACCAAGAAAGCUGCCAAAUCAGAUUCACCAGAUAAGAAACAAACAUCCAUUACCUCUUUCUUUGCACCAAAGAAGAAAUAA